UCGUACAUUGUUCUUCCUUUUGACAGGAUUGCUGUUGAGAAUCUCUCACGAAUGUUACUUCGACAUUGAACAUGAAUUGCCAAUCUCAAUCAGAAAACAUGAAUUGUGGAACUAGCAAUAUAGUUUCGACGCCAUUGAGACCGGAUUCUCUUCCAGGAAGCCAAUUUUACGCCGAAGAAGGCGAAGAAGUCGAAAUGAAACCGGCCACCAUUUUGGGUAAAUCCAUGAUGAUGGUGACUUAUCGUUGGGAGCUGGAAGAUGUCGCGAUGGAACCCAAAACAAUCUCAUCCCGGAUGCUUUGUUUCCGCGACGAGAAAGUCUUCCGCGUCGGCCUGAAGAAUCGCGACAAACCGACGUUGAUCUUCAUGGCCAUCGACCUCAACAACAUCGGACUGAGACUGCGAGAAGUGGGAUUCUAUUCGGAUAAUAAUUAUGUCCAAUCGCGUCAGAAGAUGACUCACAACAAUGUCGACGGCGAAAGUCUGCAGUUGUUUACCUACGAUCUGACCGAAAUGGUCGUUGGCAAAUGUACAUUCGUCUUCUCCAUUUGGCUGGAAGGAAGCGUUCCUGGUUGUUAUUCCUAUCAGCUGUCGGAUCGUCUGGUAAAAAAACAACUGUGGCAAAGCCAACACUACGUCGACGUUGAAUUCGUGUGCAAAGGUCAAAAGUUUUCAGCUCACAAAGCCAUUCUGGCCGCUCGCAGUCCCGUCUUUGCAGCCGAAUUUGACACUGAACUGGAUGAUGAACUUCCCAGGAAGAAAAGUGACGGACCUCUGCAGAUCAACAUCGACGACGUGGAGUCGACCGUUUUCGAGCAGUUUCUCUAUUUCCUCUACACCGGAGAACCCAAAAUUCCAAUGCUGGACAAUGAACAACUGCUGAAAUUGGCCAUCCGCUAUCAGCUCAACACUCUGGUGGAAUUGUGCCAAAUCGCAGUCAAGAAAAUCGACGUCUUGCAGAUGGCCAGUUUCGUUUCGACCCUCGAAUUAAAUCAAACUGAACCACCAGCCUCUGUUAUCAUCAGUCCGGAAAAAAAUAGUUACGUAACACAUGGCCAUCCCGAGUCGACUUUCCGAGUGGUUUGGAUCUUCGAAGGACGUGAAUCGGCCGAAAAACCGCUGGCCAUUGAUUACCAAAACGAGAAUCUCUUUUCGCUGCAUCUCAAAGACGGGAUCGUUCAUUUCAUUUGCGUCAACCACCGCAAAUUCGUCAUCCAAGUGCUCUAUUCCAUCAAUUGCUCCAACUGGAUCGAAAUGAAAGCCAAGAGCGUCAGACAGCAGCUGGAGAAAUCCGAAAUGCUCUUCUUCGCGGCCCAAGUCGACGUCAAUUUCGAGCAACUCUUUCAACAAUCGAUCAUGUUCGAUAUUCAAAUGGUUCAAACGAUCGCCGAUUAUUCUUACGAGAUGAUGGACGUCUCUUGGAUGACGCAACUGUGGGAGGCCGCUCUAGGCUGUCGCCACACCGACGUCGAGAUAUUCGUCGGCCAGAACAAGUUGAUGGAAGCCCAUCAAAUGGUCCUCUCGGCUCGCAGUCCCGUGCUCAAUGGCCUGUUGCGCAAUCUCAAGGAGAACGGCAAAUCCCGAAUUUCGUUUCACAAGGGAAUCGAGGCGCACGUUGUCGAACAUUUUCUGUAUUUCCUGUACACGGGUUCGUCCAGGAUGACUUUCAAAAACAAGCAAUUCCUCGGGCUGGCCGAAAUGCAUCAAGUGGAAACGUUAACCAAAGUUUGUGAACUCGCCAUCGUCGCUUCUCCAGACGUUGAAGAAGUGACCAACUUUCUCCUGUCCAACUUUUGAAUUUUUUAAAAAAUGGAACUUUUUUUAUUGAUUGUGUACAGUUCACCUUGCACUUUGAUUUUACUGGCAGACAGAAUAUAAAUUUUGGUUUUCUAACAAAAUGAGAAGAUGCGGGAUUUAAAUGAAUUAAUGGAAAAACAUUUUGUUUAUUCAUUCGACUUUUUUGUAGCGAGAAAAAAUGGAUUAUGAUGAGCUUAUUGUACAAGGAGGAAGAAACUAAUUGCAAAUUUUUUGAGUCUUUUUCUAACAUCUAGGCGGUCGUGGUGGGUGCAGCAGGUGCAACAGGUGUAACUGGAAGGGCGGCUUUGGCGGCAGCGUGAGCGGCUUUAGCCUCGGCGUGAGCGGCCAAGUGAGCGGCUUUAGCCUGAGCCACUUCGAUGGUUUCUGGAACUUGAACCGGUGCUACCAGGUUGGCAACGGGAGCCACUGGCAAGUCGUUGGAAAGGACACGGAAGCCUCGGUGAUCGGCGGUGUAGGAAACGCGGACCUCUUUACCUUCGGGAUUGAAGUAAGCGUAGCUGCCGAUCUGGUUGCCCAAACCAUCGCGAUAGUUGGAGGCGGCCUGUCCAGGGUGGGCAUAACCGAAUCUGGCUUGACCCAACUCGUCCUGAGCGUGAUACUGGGUGGAAGUGAAGCUGGGGUAACCGUAUGCGGGAACGACUGCUGGAACUGCAGCUGGAACUCCG